AUGCCCUCCUCACACGACAAUUCGAGCAACGCCGAUCCCACAGGCGCCUCUCGAUACAGAAAAAAUAUGUUGCACGACAGCUUCUCCGCCGCCGCCGUUGCCCUCACGAAGCUUUACCAGGAAUCCAGCAACGCCUACGAGGAUGGUUAUCGCGAUGCGUUGCUUUACGUUCACCGCUGCGUUUUGUUGACGUCGCGUGCAUCGAGCGGGAUGUUAAACAGCGGUGAGGCGUUCGUCUCUCCGGAUUCGACGGUGGCUUCACAGAAGUUGUUGAAUUUUAUUCAAAAGACGUUGAAAUUGCGCAAGGAGCGGGUUGCGUGUGCGCGGGGGACCGCGGAGGGGCGCUGUCGACCGCGUGAUCACUCUUUGGUGGGGGAGGAGGAUUCUCUUUCCCCUUCUAUAGCCCCCACUCAACCCCUGCCAACUUUUUCAGAAUCCCCCACCCUUUGGAAUAGCGAACAAAACACCACCGCGGAGGGUGUUUCGGCGGAGGUGGAAACGAACAGAAGCAGCGAUGCGCAGCCGAGCUCCGCCCUUCUCAAUCUUCGAGAGGCGCAUGCCUACGAUAUCGCGGAGAUCGAUCACGCGCGAUCGGAUGGAUUGCCUCCGAGCACGGUUGAUCAUCCUCGUAGGCCCUCGCGAGCGCAGGAACCUCCCCCUACACGACCACGCUAUCACAGCCCCGUGGAUUACCACCGAAAAUAA